UCAACCUCAUCACCAUCAUCAUCAUCAUCAUCUCCACGUCUGAUUGAAUUCAAAAAAGGGGAAAAACGGUCGCGUGGGUGUGCGCGUUUUCUUGUUCUUGCACUGGCGGCUGGUUUCGAGGAUGGCCGAGAGCGAGGCAGAUACGCCGAGCACGCCGAUUGAGUUUGAGAGCAAAUACUUCGAGUUUGAUGGAGUGCGGCUGCCGCCCUUCUGCAGAGGGAAGAUGGAGGAGAUCGCCAACUUCUCCCUCAGAAGUAGCGACAUAUGGAUCGUCACCUACCCGAAGUCAGGCACCAGUCUUCUUCAGGAGGUUGUGUAUCUCGUGAGUCAGGGAGCAGACCCAGAUGAAAUCGGCCUUAUGAACAUUGAUGAACAGCUGCCUGUCUUAGAAUACCCCCAACCUGGCCUGGACAUCAUACAGGAGCUGACAUCCCCUCGUCUGAUCAAAAGCCAUCUUCCCUAUCGAUUCCUCCCCACAGCCAUGCACAACGGAGAGGCCAAGGUGAUUUACAUGGCACGUAACCCUAAGGACCUGGUGGUGUCAUACUACCAGUUUCACCGCUCUCUCAGGACCAUGAGCUACCGGGGAACCUUCCAGGAGUUCUGCCGGCGCUUCAUGAAUGACAAGCUGGGAUAUGGUUCCUGGUUUGAACAUGUUCAGGAAUUUUGGGAACAUCGUAUGGACUCCAAUGUCCUCUUCUUGAAAUAUGAAGACAUGUACAAGGAUCUGGGGACGUUGGUGGAACAGUUAGCCCGGUUCCUGGGUGUUUCCUGUGACAAGGCUCAGCUAGAGGGCAUGGUGGAGAGCUGCAACCAGCUAAUUGAGCAGUGUUCCAACUCAGAGGCACUGUCCAUCUGCAGGGGUCGUGCUGGUCUGUGGAAGGAUGUCUUCACAGUGUCUAUGAAUGAAAAGUUUGACGCCGUAUACAGACAGAAGAUGGGCAAGUCCGACCUGACCUUUGACUUCUGCCUGUGAGGAGCACCUGACCCCGCCCUCACCCCGUACCGCCUCUGUACCCCCACUGAUCUACUGCAGUACAGUCGACACUUCCCACCACGCUCCCACGUCUCCAUUCAGUCAAUCAGUCUGAAGUUUAACAGUGCAGUCUGACAGUGGGAUCACACUACAAGACUUUUCCCAGAAUGCAAUCUGUCUAAAUAUGUUCAACCCAUCCUUGUGGACUGAUCAAAAUGAGUCCAGAUUUCUUAAGAAUUCACUGAAAUUUCUUGGUCAAUAGUUAAACCAAACCUCCCUCAGCCCCUACCUCCACAGUAUGUUCCCACUGCUGUGUAUGUACAUGUGUAUAUACUAACCAGGGUUUGACCGAUAUGGGAUUUUAAAGGCAGAUACCGAUACUCAACACCAAUACCGAUAAUGUCAAUAUUUACAUUAAAAUUCUCCUACAAUAUGGCCGCAUUCACAGCAGAGAUUCAGUAACAGGGAUUCAGGCUAUGUGCAGAUAUUAUAUGACUGAAAUACACGGACAAACCUGCCAGUUCAGCCAUUCAGUGUUUUCAUGUUAGGGUUGUCCCUCUUCCAGACGAAGUCCCUUUCCAUUUUUUGCAAAUCCAUGAAAAAUCUGUGUGUGAAAAUGAUUAGUUAGUGGAAAGUAUUGUCUAGGCACAUCUCAAGGCAAAAGUGUUUAUAUCUGUUCCAAGUGGUAACUUGGGGUAAAAAGCUGGCUGUGACAGGGUUGAGAUGUAAAAGCUGUUCAACUGGGGAUUAGUGGCAUUCAUUGUGUUGCAUUCAUUUGCUCACCUCUGAGGCUGACCCAGAACAUGCUAGAGGGUUAUAAAUCCUUCCUGACCUUGGACCCCCUUGGAGAGGCUUUAGGAAGUAGCCAUGGUCAUGGAUAUGAGCAACUUUGUUUAGUCUACUACUACUGUGACCAUGUUACAUGCUAAUGUAGGCUAAUGUACAAGUUCAUGAAGGUGGGGGCCGCAGGCUGGAAUUGAGCCUGCGGCUGCUGCAGGUGGGUCACAGCCUUUGUACACGGGGCGCCUGUUCUACCCACUGAGCCACCGGGCAUCCCAUUUUUAUGUUAUUAUUCGGCGGAAAUGUUGAAAGUUGGCGGCACAGUGGUGCAGUGGUUAGCAUUGUUGCCUCACAGCAAGAGGUUUCUUGGUUUGAGCCUGGGGUGGGAGAGCCCUUCUGUGGGGUGUCUGCAUGUUCUCCAACCUACGACUUCAGACUUGACUUGGGCUUAUCAGUCUUGACCCAGGACUUGAUUUAGGACUUGUCAGGCUUGACUUUGGACUGGACUUGGGAUUCGAUUCAGGACUUGCUUGUCUUGACAUGGAACUUGUCAGUCUUGAUUUGGAACUUGUCAGUCUUGACUUUGGGCCUUGACUUGGGACUUGAUUUUGGACUUGCCUGUCUUGACUUGGGGCUUGUCUCAAUGUCACAGAUCUGGUGUUUAUAUUCUAACUGAACAAACUGGAAAAACCUCUAAGACUCUUUGGCCAGACAGCACUAACAUCUGCCCUUAAUCUGCCACAUGUCGGUCUAACCCUGACACUGAGUGCAUUAGCAGUUGUCUUGAUGCAGCAGUGGCUCCAGGCCAAGUGGAUGCAUGAAAGGUAACUGUAAGAGGUGAAGCCAAACCUGUAGAGAAGAUGCCAAUCACGCCUAAAUCCAUCCAGCAGCUCACUGUCAAUGCUGGGACAUUGUUGUGUUAGAUCAUCUUUUUUUUUUUUUUUUGCUCAUAGUGUUGCAGGGUUUUCAGCCUCAUCACUGAUUGUCACUUAUAUGUGAGCUUCAUAUAUGUGUAUGGAUGUAUGUGAGUGUGUGUGUGUGUUAGAAAGAGAGGGAGAAGGAGCGAGGGAGUUCUGUCUUGUUAGUGCUCAGUUAUACGAACAGAAUGCAUCAGGGUUUCCAGACUGACUUAGACAUUAAAUUCAAGGAUUCAUCAAUGAUCUUUAGUGGUAUCAAAAAACAACAACAACAAUAACAACAACAAAAAGCAGGAUGUGACAGUGAGAAUAGCACCAGAAUUUUCUUCUCACUUUAAAACAAAAACCAUCAGAAUAAUUUGACAAUCACAUACAAAUUGGACAAGUAAUGGCUUUAAGGAGCAGCAUACUCAAUUCUCAACACAUUGCUUGAGAUUUUGUGACAACAUGAUGGCUACGUUAUCAGCAUUUGAGACACAAUCUGUUGUUGCACUGUAUUUACUGUGUAUAAUAAAAUAUAUAUACCCUGUGGUGGUAAAAAUGAGCAGCUGCUGCUCAGUUGCAGAUGCAGCUGUGCCAGACACUGUAGAUAAUAUAUAAUGUACUGUCCCCCAGUUAUAAAGGCAGAUUUCAAACCCUCAUCUUCAAUGUUUAAGGUCCUUGCAGAUACAAUUUAAGGUUAGGGGCCUAUACGUGAUUUUUAUGCCUCUGCAUCAGUGACGGCCGUGACACUAUGUUUCGGGUUGUCCGUAGUGUUUGUCUGCCCCGUCCUUGUGAACAAGAUAUCUCAAGAAUGCCUCAAAGACAUUUCUUCAAAUUUAAGACAAAUGUCCACUUGGACUCAGUGAUGAACUGACUAAUUUUUGGUGGGCAUAGGUCAGUUAUCAAGGUCACUGUGACCUUGUCUGUCUCAAUCUUGUGAAUGUGUUAUCUCAAGAAAGCCUUGAGGGAAUUUGUUCAAAUUGGGCAAGAAGAUGGACUUGGAUUUUGAAUGUCUGAUUAGAUUUUGGUGGUCAAGACUCAAAGGUCAAGGUUGCUGUGAACUUGCAUCCAUCUCUUUAUUGUGAACACAAUAUCUUGAGAGCUUGAGGAAAUUUCCUUGAAUUUGGCACAAACGUUCAUUUGGAAGUGAUUCGAUUUUGGAAGUCGAAGGUCAAGGUCUGUGCGACCUCAUCUGUCUCAUUCUUGUGAACAUGAACCCUCAAGUACAACUUGAGGGAAUUUCUUCAAAUUUGGCAAAAAACAUUCACUUGGACUCAAGCAUGAAUUGAUUGGAUUUUGGUGGUUAAAGGUCAAGGUCAUUGUGACCGUGUCUGUCUCAUUCUUGUGAAUAUGAUAUCUCAAGAACACCUUAAGCUAAUUUCUUUAGAUGUUUCAGACUAUCGACUGAAGAAUAAACUGAUUAGAUUUUUGUGGUUGAAGGUUAAAGGUCAAGGUCAGUGUGACUUCAAAUAAUGUGUUUUUGGCCAUAACUCAAGAAUUCACAUGGUAAUUUUGACAAAACUUCACACAAAUAUCUAAUAGGAUAAAUUAAUGAAGUAAUAAUAUUUUAUAUCCAAAAGACCAAAGGUCAGCUUCACUGUUACAUCAUAAUAUUCCAUAUAAAACAUUUUUCAGGGCAUUAUUUAAUGUCAUAUCUCAGGAACGGAAGGGGAGACAUUUGGUCAGAUACUGAAUUGGUGACCCUAAUCCUGGGUGUGGGGUUUGGGCAGAGGUUUAAAUCUCUAAUGGUGUGUUCACAUCGAAUGUGAUGCAAAGUUGCACGCUGCAUUACUUGGUCUGUUCAUGUUUUUGCAUUGACUUGGGAUCAGGCUCAUUGACUCGGAUUCAGUGUGAACACACCAUAAGCCAGAUCACACAUCUGAUUACAAUCUGUCUUCUGGCUACAUCCACAUGAGGGUUAGCCCUACAUCAGUCCAGAGGGGGUAAUAAUGCCCCUGAAGCUGUUUGAUAACAGCUAAAACACACUAGAACAAGAGAAACUUUACAUCACAACAACAGUUUAAUUGGGUAGCUAAUAACGCCUUCACAGGCUCUAACUCACCAUUCAGGGGUCGUACUGAUCAGGAAUCCAACCGUAAAGUAGCAUGCCACUGUCUGUAUGUGGUUUGAAUUGAUAGAGCCAUUUUCUUCCUCUGUCACUUUGCAUGUGACAGAAAGAAAAUGGCUAAUUUCAGUGUAAUAUCAGUGUCACCUCAGCUGCUGUUAUCUUGAGGGCAGACCCUGUACAAGAGACCAUUUACUGACAUUGUUACACUUGGGAGGAAUAAACAUUUAGUAUGCAUCAGAUGGAUGUAUUUACACCUAUUAAACAUCUCAGAUGUCAAUCCAUCUCUAAUGCUUUUUGGAUGCAUUUACACUUGGCUUUUUAGCUAUCAGAUAGCUAUCUAAUCCACACACUCUUUUCCUGUGUGAAUCAUAUUACCACUGAUGGGUGAACAGCGUCCUUUCUCUCUCUUUCUCUCUGUUUUCUCAGAAAAGUCAGGUUUUGGCUGCAGGAGAGGAGAGAGCAGAGUAUUAACCCAUAACCAGCAUUAACUAUGUUUUGUAUUCUGCAACUCACUGUAGUGUCACGACAGCAGCAGUAUCUGGAAUCAGACUAUUAACCUGAGGCAUCACUUACAACCGGUCCAGCACCUCUUCCACAGUUGUCACAGCAAUUUCCAGUCCAGCAGACCAGUCCCUGCGCUUUACCAGACACUUGUGAAUGUCUUUAUUGUGUGGAUGCAAACAACAACCUCGGCACUCUGGUCCCGCCGCCUCUUUUACGGCUGCUCAUUCUUUCCUCCCAUUGUUCUUUCUUCUCUCUGUCACUCUGUUUACAGCCGUUGGCAAGGCUUCAGCUGCCCAUCUCCACUUUUAUGGUUUGUUUGGGUUUUUAUACAUGCCUGUCUCUGUUUCCUGGGCAUCUUGCGUUGUAUUUUACAUGCUUUGCUUGCUGGUUUAUUAAUAAAGUUGUGUCUUCAGGCAAUA